GUUGUUGUGUUCAAGCUGCAAAAAGGGGAGACAACUUUUGGGUACCAUGGUCGUUUUGUGUUGUCUAUGGAUAAUUAAGUUAACAGUCGGAGCGUAAACUGUCCCAACUAUCCAUGGAGGAUUUUACGUGAGACACUCUGUCACUGCUCGCGUAAUGAAAUCAAACCACUGAAGUCAGUUGACGACUGCCUUGGCAAAUGUCACAUGGACUCAAUGGAGAGAAAACAUGAGAUUUGCAGCCCCUUCAUUCCCAGGCGUAAUGCUUUAAUGAAGACAAGUGCAGAAAUUGUAAGUGAAGCCAGACAGUCCCUGCGAGUCCCGUCCACCCAGAGACCAUUUACUCCAAGAGAUGGACACAGGCAGCUGUUUGGACAGAGCUCUGCUCGGGCAGUUGUGGACAACAGGCCUCCAUCAACAUUUAGUCUUCAUGCUCAAAACUUUGAUGCUCCUGACUCCAGGCCAGGUUCAGGGACUCGCCUCUCUCCUCUUGACCAUAAGCCAAAGUUGCCAGUCCCCUGCGAUGCUGAGGAUCCAUCCAGGGCCUUGCCCAAACCCCCCACUGACCCACUGGAAACAAAGAGGGGGUUGGCAGGCGUGCGGGCACGACUUCUCCGAGCUGGAUCUCUCACUACAUUACCUCCUGUAGAGGGAAAAACAGAUGUGAAACAGGGAUUGAAUGCAGGCCCAAGACAAAAGCAGCCUUCAGCUAAAAGACUCUCCAGUUCAGACCACAGUGGUCACCACAAACCCGGCCCACGCAGAGCGGCGAGUGAAAGCAGAAUAAAACAGCCUGUUGAUGACUCAGGAGCUAAACCCACAGCGUGCAGAGCAGGACAAAGAACAGAGCUGGGGACCGAAGAGAACACCACAAGCACAGAGGAGGAUGCAGGGGCAGUGGUGUGGAAUAAUGUGAUUGCUCCUCUUCUGCAACAACUAGAGAGUGUGGCUGCAGGCAGCUCUGCGGGUUCUUUGGACCGCCUGUGUGAUUUGUGUGACAGUCUCCACAGAACCUUGGCAGAAGCGGACUUGCUUGGCCGUCGCUGUAAGAGGAGGUCAGGGAUACUUCGAACACUGUUCCGCCUCAUCGACCUCAACUCUGCCCAGCUCAACCUGCAAAUUGCCAAACUAUGCCUCUCUCUGUGUGUCAGCGGAAAGAACCUGCUGAACAUCUGUAAGCUCGUCUUCCAGAUCAGCCGCAGUGAAAGUAACGACGUCCUCUUCCAGAACAGCUCCAUCAUAGACUCACUCCUGGGCAUUUUGAGCAGCGAGGACGUGUCUGACUGUGGAGAAGCACUGCUGUACUCUGUUGGGGCUCUGAAGUUUCUCUCAGGAAACAGUGCAAUCCUCAGACUCCUGCUGGACAAGAACUGUAUCGGCAUUGCCCAGAAACUGAUCCGGAGGCUUUGCAGAGCAGAAGACAGCAACAGCACUAUAGCAGGUCACAUCCUUGUACAGCUGACUGCGACCUUGAGGAACCUUGCAGAUCAUCCAGAUUCCCGUCCGCUCUUCGUCUCCUUCUCUAUACUCUCAGAGCUCUGUGAUGUGCUGCAUCUUCACCGAAAAGACCAGGACAUCUGCACCAACAUUUCCAGGAUAUACAGUAAACUCUCCUCUUACUCUGAGUGCCGCCUCGCUCUGGCCCAGACCCCCGACUGCUACCAACUAUUAUUAGACCUGCUGAGCAAACAUCACCAAAAACAGGACCUUGUCGUGCGGCUUCUCUUCACCCUCGGGAACCUCACAGCUAAAAGUGAUGAGGCUCGCCAGCAGCUCUUUCAGUGUACAGGCUGCAUGGACACAUUCCUGAAGUUGUACGACGGCUACCAGCGCAGAGAAAACACCCCGGAGAUGCUUCAGAGAGGUCCUCCUUCUCCCAGAAUGCCCUCUACACUGCAGGAGGAUGAGGACGUGCUGGUGAAGCUGGUCAGGGUGCUGGCCAACAUGUGCAUCCACUCAACUGUGGGUCCAGCUCUGGCAACCAAUACAACCUGCAUUCAGCUGCUGAUGGAGACACUGGAGCUGAGGAGUGUGCAGGAAAGCGAGGAGCUGUUGGUGAAUGUGGCUGCCACCAUCAACAACUUGUCUUUCUACCAGGAGGGAAACUCUGUGCUCACACACAAUCAACUCACCCUUUCAAAGUUGGUUUUGAAGUUGUUGCUCAGCUCAAGUAUGGACGCAGUGCUGGAGGCCACACGUGUUUAUGGAAACUUGUCACAGUCCAAGGAUGUACGGGACUAUAUUAUGCAAAACAAAGUGCACCAGUUUCUAGUGAUGCUGCUUGACUCGAAAAGCACUGAGAUGUGUUUUUCAGCCUGUGGGGUCCUCACCAACCUGGCUCUGGACCCCCCCAGCAGGGUCAAGCUCUCACUAGGGGGGGCUGCUGCCAAGCUUGUGGACUGUCUGAAAGACUUGGGGCCAGGUGAUUGGCAACUGGCAGGCCAGGUCUGUCAGGCGUUGUGGAACAUGAUGAGUGGAGGGUCGGAGAUGCUGUUUGACUCAGAGGAGAGAGACUCGCUGCUGGAGAUCCUCAUUACGUACUCAGAUGAUGAUGAGGCUCUGAGGUGGAUAAAGGAUGAAGACAUGAGGGACUACCACAAAGCAUGCUGGGAAUUGGAGUUUCUACCUGUAGCUUCAAAACUGAUAAAGACACUCAAGCCCCCAGACCCAACAGCAUGACAAAACUGGGACAUGAAGUUAAGAGUUGUAUGUCUUAUAUUUAACACUUACCUCUGAUGAGUUUGAAAUGCAACAGUAAAUGUUUGUGGUUUUAUUUUUCCAUGGAGGCAGAAAGAGGUGUGCUUGAGAUUUGCUAUGAAAAAAAGGCUAUAAAAAAAACCCUGUAAAAUGACUCAAUCUGCUAUUAGAGCUUUUCUGCCCAUAUGAUAAACCAUGUGUGCAAAAUGAUGGCUUAAUUCUCAGAAUUUAAGCAUAGCAUCGAUGCUAUAUUUCAUAAAGUAUAACACUACAUCUACUUGUAGGCCCUCACUUUGAAAGCAUGUGAUUAAAAGACGAGGCGUUAAAAGUAGAUUCAAUUUAAAUUAAAUAGAAAAAAAUAUGAGAAGCUGUGAAAAGGAACAGAUUUUAAUUUCAAGUCCAUAUACUGGAAUAUUCCCAUGCCUUUUUCAUUUAUUUUUGUUAUCCUUUGGUUACUCUUGACCUUUCAGUACCAGCAGCUAUAUCUUUCUAUUUAAUUUUUUAACUUGUACUUUUGUUUCUAUGCACUUUAUGAUGUUUCCUGUUGAGCUCACAGAAGCCUUAAUCUUUACAUGUACAGGGAUCAUUUCAUACAAGCCCUUUGCACAUUUAUAUUAUAAACUCAAUCUGUUUGUUCACACACUGUGCUGUAAAGAUUCUUUUAUGAGAAUGUACUUUCAUUGCCCGCACAAGGACAUCUUUUAUAGUCGGUGCAUUCUGUGUCAUUGGAACUUGAACACAAUGAAGCAGAACAAAGAGAACUUAUUUUUUGCUUCCCAAAGCCUUUAUUGGUACGUAGAUAUGGGGCCAGGCAGUGCUUACAAGUUACACCAAGUAGCCUAAAGUACAGCAUUUCAAAAUCACAUCUUUAUUACAUCAAAACAAGUCAGAAACGGCACUUAAUGUAAAAACCCUCAGUGUCAAUUCCCCCUAUUUUCACACAAUAGUGACCUUUAAACAACCACAAGACGAGCUGAUGUUUCAAACACCUCUAAACAAACUCAUUAGCCAGAGCUAAUGACACACAUUGUUCUCUACAUGAAUUCAUCAGGUUGAUAUGAAAGACAGUUGGCUGGCUGAUAUCGCAGUUUUUAACCAAUGUUUCCUAUUCAGUUUGUGGCAUGGGAAAGCCACUGAAACAUGAAGGCAGUUUGGUCAGUGGGGAUAACGCUGAGGUUGACAGAUGGCCUUGAUGGGAAAACACCCUGAAUAUCGGACUGAUAGGCUGCCUCACUGGGUAGAAGACAGAGCUAUCCCAGAGAGGUGUGACGUGUAGGCAAACAGAAUACAGAGGUAAGGUGUCCUACAAGGAAUUCCCCCUUAUCACGAUUUGAAUGUUGGUCAGCAUGAGCAAAGAGAAACUUUGACCUGGAGCGCAUCACAGAAACAGGGACAAAUAGCAGAACCCCUGUGAGUCAUAGUCAUCAUGCUUGUACAGUAAAAUCAUUCACAUUGAAGUCCCUGGACAUUUGAACUGUUCCCCUGAGCUCAGCUUUAUUAUCAAACAGCUGAGUGUACUUUGGAACAAGGUGAUGAAAUAGCACUUUUCACGAGUCAUAUUUUUGCAUAACAGUAGUCAUAUUUGCUAAUUACCAUGGAUUGUUUCAUUUCCUAUAACUGUGCAACUGAUCUGAUGGUGACGCCGAUUGUGCUAUGACUGCUUUAGAUCCUGAUAAUGUCAUCCUCUCCACAUCCAAAUACAAUCUCUACGAUGAUGCAGUAAAAUCAAGUUAAGGAGAAAACUACGAAUGAUACACAACAAUUUAACAUCAUAGUUUAUUUUUUUCAUCUUUUUUCAUAUAAAAAGUGUCAGUAACUGACAUCAGUCAGAAGCUUGAAAAAAAAACAA